CUCCCAACCAGAAGGGGGCGAAGAAGAAAAACACGAGCAAGGACCGUUGCUCGGCAACCAGGCUCCAAAACGUUUUUGAGCUAGCCAAAACCUCUGUCUUCAAACGUUUUUGUUUGUCAACGUUACCUUCUCAACGACAUUCCAGCCAUGCCUCCCCCAGAGACAAUGUAUUGUUCUCAGCAAAUCAACAUUCCAAAAGGACUGCCAGACAUCCUCAAGAACUUCACAAAGGCAGCCAUCCGAACACAGCCCAAAGACCUGCUGGUGUGGUCUGCAGCAUAUUUUGAUGCACUUUCUAAAGGAGAGACUCUGCCUGUCAAGGAGAGACUGGAGCUACACGUCGACAGCCAGAAUAAAGACGCAGCACUGACUCCAGGUCUGCUUAAAACUCUUCACAAACAGCUGUCCUCUGAAGAAACAUGCAGCAGAGAAGAGUUGCAGGAGAAAUGGAAGGCUCUAUGUCUGCCAAAGGAACAGCUGGACAACAUGUUGACCCUAGGGAAUUUUGACACCGACAUCUCCUGGUUGCAAUUUUUCGCGCUGGGCUGCAGUGCUUUGGGAGAUACCCUCAAGAGCUCCCUCAAGGUCGCUUGUGAGAUCCUGACCGAGGAUGAGGAAGGGGGUGCCGCGAGAAUCCCAUUUGACAUAUUUAAGACGCUGUGCACCUACCUGGCUCACCUGGACCCGGAAAUGCAGCAGGAGAACAUUGACAGCUUUUUUACAGACAUGGAGCCACACGUGGAGAAGCAGCAGGGAAUGAUCAAACCUCUUGACUUCAUCCAUCGAGAGGACGCCCUCCCUAAAUCACAAAUGUCUCAAAGGACUGUACAAACCACUACGACUACGACACCCUCGGAAGAACCCACAUAUGGGUAAGAAAAACUCACACCCAGUGGGCAAGGAGAACUCCCACCCAGUGGGACGCCAGUGACAAUGAUGACUAUGAGAACCUUGGAGAGGACCUCAAAUGUGGGCAACCCCCCCCCCCCUCUAGGGGACCGAAAGCAAUGGAUGUCGAGCGGGUCUAACAUGAUACUGUGAAAGUUCAAUCCAUAGUGGCUCCAAAACAGCCGCGAGAGUUCAGUUCAAAGCGGAUCCAAGACAGCAGCGAGAGUCCUGUCCACAGGAAACCAUCCCAAGCGGAGUCGGAUCAGCAGCGUAGAGAUGUCCCCAACCGAUACACAGGCGAGCGGUCCAUCCUGGGUCCCGACGAGCGGUCCAUCCUGGGUCCCGACGAGCGGUCCAUCCUGGGUCCCGACUCUGGACAGCCAGUACUUCAUCCACGGUCAUCGGACCGGACCCCCUCCACAAGGGGUGGGGGGGCAGAGGAGAAAAAGAAAAUAAGCGGCAGAUCAACUGGUCUAAAAAGGAGAUCUAUUUAAAGGGUAGAGUAUACAAAUGAGUUUUAAGGUGAGACUUAAAUGCUUCUACUGAGGUAGCAUCUCGAACUGUUACCGGGAGGGCAUUCCAGAGUACUGGAGCCCGAACGAUCCUCGCAUUAUCUUUUAACCUGCCCAUUGUACAGCACUUUGGCUACCCCUGUGGUAAAUUUAAAAUGUGCUUUAUAUACAAAGUUGAUUUGAUUUGAUUUGAUUUAAUUUCCCAACUACUUUGGCACGUGUUGCAGUCAUCAAAUUCUAAGUUAAUUAAUAUUUGCAAAAAAAAUAAAGUUUAUGAUUUUGAACAUCAAAUAUAUUGUCUUUGUAGUGCAUUCAAUUGAAUAUGGGUUGAAAAGGAUUUGCAAAUCAUUGUAUUCCGUUUAUUAGGGCUGCGAAUCUUUGGGUGUCCCACGAUUCGAUUCAAUAUCGAUUCUUGGGGUCACUAUUCGAUAAUAUAUCGAUUUUUUUCGAUUAAACUCGAUUCUCGAUUCAAAAACUAUAUUUUUCCGAUUCAAAACGAUUCUGUAUUCAUUCAAUACAUAGGAUUUCAGCAGGAUCUACCCCAGUCUGCUGACAUGCUAGCAGAGUAGUAUUUUUUUUUUUUUAAAGCUUUUGUAAUUGUAAAGGACAAUGUUUUAUCAACUGAGUGCAAUCAUGUAAUUUUGUUUUAACUAUUAAACGAACCAAAAAUAUGACUUAUUUUAUCUUUGUGAAAACAUUGGACACAGUGUGUUGUCAAGCUUAUGAGAUGCGAUGCAAAUGUAAGCCACUGUGACACUAUUCUUUUUUUUUUUUUAUACAUGUCUAAUGAUGAUGUAAAUGAGGGAUUUUUAAUCACUGCUAUGCUGAAAUUAUAACUAAUAAUGAUACUGUUGUUGAUAAUAUUCAUUUUUGUUUCACUACUUUUGGUUUGUUCUGUGUCGUGUUUGUGUCUCCUCUCAUUGCUCUGUUUAUUGCAGUUCUGAGUGAUGCUGGGUCAGGUUUGGUUUUGCAAUUGGAUUGCAUUGUUAUGGUAUUGUUGUGUAGUGGUUUGUUGGAUUGAUAUAAAAAAAAUCGAUUUAAAAAAAAUAAGAAUUGAUUCUGAAUCGCAGAACGUAUUCGAUUCGAUUCGUAUUCGGAUCGAUUUUUUCCCCACACCCGUACCGUUUAUAGUAACAUCCAACACAAUUUGCCAACUCAUAUGGAAAGGGGGUUUGUAGAUAAAGAACCUUGAUCCACUUUCAAACAAAUUCAAGCUGACCUGCAGAUACGAGGUACAACAGUGUCAGCUCGCACUAUCUGUUGCCAUCUCAAUGAAAAGGGACGGUAUGGUAGGAGACCCAGGAGGACCUCGCUGCUGACACAGUGACAUAAAAAAGUAAGACUGGAAGCCACACACGGUCAAUGCAUCUGGAAAUCUGAGGACGACCAAAAAAUGUUGGGACAUAAUGUAGCACCUUGUGUCAGAAAGUUGGGUCUCUGUCAGAGGUCAUGGGUCUUCCAGCAGGACAACGACCCAAAAAGCACACAAAAAUGGCUUAAGACAAAGCGCUGGAGAGUUCUGAAGUGGCCAUCAAUGAGUCCAGAUCUUUAUCCUUUUGAAGAUCUAUGGCAACAUCUAAAAACAGCAGUUAAGAGAAGGCACUUUUCAAAUUUGAGAGACCUGAAGCAGUUUGCAAAAGAAGAGUGGUCCAAAAUUGUAAGAAAGUGAUUGAUUUCAGUUACUUUUCUAUUUAUGAACCCUGUUCAAGAAGCAAUUAGGUUUGUGCCGAGGUUCUACUGCGCACUGUCCUGUUCUAUGGUUAUCACAUUUUUUCAAAACAUACUUGCAGAAUUAAUUUCUUGACAUUGUCUUGUAUCGUAAUGUUUUCAUGUCAUGUAGUAACAUAUAAAACGUGGCCCUUGGCAAACACGCAUCAAUACUACAUAAGUGGGUCAGUUUUAGUGCUUAUGUUGUAUGUUGGAACAGAACAGCGACAGGUCUGAGAGACUCUUGUUUGUUUCCCAUAACUAAACUGUAGUACGAGUUCUCAUUUUUGCUUACUUCAUAAAUCAUCAGAAAAGUAACUUUCUGCUCGACCACAAAAAAGAGGAAUGCAAGAGCAGCCAUGCGAUUAUACAACCGUCAGCAAACCACUUUGGUUAGAUC